GACAGCCUGUUACUGCCAUAGGUCCUUGAAGCAUACUUCUACACGUGUGUCAGCCUGUGAUAUGUGUUGGUAGGGCAGUGUUAUUCGUAUAUGUGUGCGGUUUCGUGAAAUAUCUUAAGAGUUUAACCAAAAUAACAAUGGGAGGUCUUCAGAAGAAGAAGUAUGAGAGGGGCUCCGCUGCAAACUACAUCACCAGGAACAAAGCUCGCAAGAAGCUACAACUGAGUUUAGCCGAUUUCAGACGCCUCUGCAUUUUGAAAGGAAUAUACCCCCACGAACCGAAACACAAGAAGGUGGUCAACAAGGGAUCCACCGCUCCACGCACCUUCUACUUGCUCAAAGACAUCCGCUUCCUUCUGCACGAGCCAAUCGUCGGGAAGUUCAGAGAGUACAAGGUGUUUGUGCGUAAGCUGCGAAAGGCCUACGGAAAAGCGGAAUGGACAAACGUACAGAGACUGAGGGAAAACAAACCUGGCUACAAGCUGGAUCACAUCAUCAAGGAGAGGUACCCGACGUUCAUCGACGCCCUCCGUGACAUCGACGACUCCCUCUCCAUGUGCUUCUUGUUCUCCACCUUCGCCCGUACGGGGAAGUGCCACGUGCAGACCAUCCAGCUGUGUCGCCGCCUAUCUGUGGAGUGGAUGAACUACAUCAUAACAUCCCGCUCUCUGAGGAAGGUUUUCCUGUCCAUCAAGGGGAUUUACUACCAGGCAGAAGUCCUUGGACAGCCUAUUACAUGGCUGGUGCCCUAUCAGUUUGCCCACAAUCACCCGACAGACGUGGACUACAGAGUAAUGGCUACCUUCACGGAGUUCUACACCACACUGCUGGGCUUCGUCAACUUCCGUCUCUACCAGUCUCUCAAUCUGCUCUACCCCCCCACGCUGGACAUCAAGGCCGAGGCAGAGCUGAAGGCCGAGUUCGAGGAAGACUACGCCAUGGACUCGGAGAGCUACCUCGAGAAACUAGCGGCGCUAAGCGCUAGCCUCGCCCGAGUCGUCCCCACGGCUGAGGAGGAGGAAGCACAGCUGGACCAGUUCCCUGCGGAGGGGGAGGACGCAGAAGUGCUGGAGGCCAGGGAGAAGCUGCAGAAAGAGCAGGACGCUCAGAAGAAGCUCUUUGAAGGCCUCAAAUUCUUCCUCAACAGGGAGGUGCCGAGAGAGCCAAUGGCGUUCGUGCUGCGGUGUUUUGGGGCACAGGUGUCCUGGGACAAGUCCCUCUGUAUCGGAGGUACUUAUGAUGUCACAGAUCAGAGCAUCACGCAUCAGAUUGUUGACAGACCCAACACUGACCAGCAGUACAUCAACAGGUAUUACGUGCAGCCGCAGUGGGUGUUCGACUCGGUCAACGGCAAGCUGCUCCUGCCGGUGGUGGACUACUUCCCGGGCGUGGUGCUGCCCCCGCACCUGUCCCCCUUCGUGGAGGAGAAGGACGGGGACUACGUCCCGCCGGAGAAGCUCAAACUGAUGGCCCUGCAGCGCGGGGAGCGGCCAGAAAGAGAAAAGGAGGAGGAAGAUGAUGAGGAAGAAGAAGAAGAUGAAGAUGACGAGGAUGAUGAUGAGGAAGAAGGAGAUGAGGAAGAGGAGAUGGAUGAUGAAGAGCUGGCUGAUGAGAAGAACCUGAAGGCGAUGGAGAGGCAGAGGUCUCAGGGCAAGGCUCUGUCGGUGAAGGUGACCCCAGGCAAGGCCAAGGUGGAGAACAGGAUGCGGACCGAGCAGGAGGAGAAGGCAGAGGAGAAACGUCUGGCCAUCAUGAUGAUGAAGAAGAAAGAGAAGUACCUUUACGACAAGAUCAUGUUUGGCAAGAAGAGGAAGGUCAGAGAGGCAAACAAGCUGGCCGCCAAGCGAAAAGCUCACGAAGACGCCACGAAGGCUGACAAGAAGAAGAAGAAGGCCAAAAAACAGUAACCACCAUGGGAGGGAGCCACACCCCCGGCUUGCUCUAGGACUGUAUUAUUUUAUCGAUAUGAAAAUACACUCUCUUUUUUUUAGGAGAGUACAGUCUGCACAUGUUCCAUGUUAAAGGUUUUUAUUGCAGCUUCGAGGAUGGUGGAGUGUUGUCCUGUGUGUUUGUGUGUGCUUGCACAUGCUCUCUGAUGGUCCUCGGACACGUCAAGUGUGGAACUUGACGAUCAACCAUUCUAACAGUGAGCACACAACUCUUCUGGAGUUUUUUUUUUGGAUGUGAAGUGGGAAAGAUGCUUUGGGUCCUGAUCUGUUUGGGACGUUGGAAAGGACUGUCCGUUGGGCAUUGAAUUUCGGCCAAACCUUAACCGGUCGACCGUCACCCUGUUUUGCUGUAAUAUAUCUGUUUUAUGAGCGAUUCAGUCUGUGAGAACAGUAAUAAAAUGAGAUGAAGCUGAACCUUGA